CAUCAGCAGUUUGGUGAAAUGGCUUUUCCUGCUUACUCUUAAGGAGUCUGUGGUCCUAAUGUGUAUUUGGUGCUUUUGCUACUUGGCAGAGAGAUCAUAGAUAACACCAGCAAAGAGAACGGGAUUGACAUCAUCAUGGCCGAUAGGACCUUCCACCUGAUCGCCGAGUCCCCAGAAGAUGCCAGCCAGUGGUUCAGCGUGCUGAGUCAGGUCCACGCGUCCACCGACCAGGAGAUCCGGGAGAUGCACGACGAGCAGGCGAACCCACAAAAUGCCGUGGGCACUCUGGAUGUGGGGCUGAUUGAUUCCGUGUGUGCCUCCGAUAGCCCCGAUAGACCCAAUUCGUUUGUGAUCAUCACGGCCAACCGGGUCCUCCACUGUAACGCGGAUACGCCAGAGGAGAUGCAUCACUGGAUAACGCUGCUGCAGAGAUCCAAGGGCGACACCAGAGUGGAGGGCCAGGAAUUUAUUGUGAGAGGCUGGUUGCACAAAGAAGUAAAAAACAGUCCAAAAAUGUCUUCACUGAAACUAAAAAAGCGGUGGUUUGUGCUCACCCACAAUUCCUUGGAUUACUAUAAGAGCUCCGAGAAGAAUGCUCUGAAAUUGGGCACGUUGGUCCUCAAUAGCCUCUGCUCGGUGGUGCCUCCGGACGAGAAGAUCUUCAAAGAGACAGGCUACUGGAACGUCACCGUGUACGGUCGCAAGCACUGCUACCGGCUCUAUACCAAGCUGCUCAACGAGGCCACCAGGUGGUCCAGCGCCAUCCAGAAUGUGACGGACACCAAGGCCCCGAUCGACACUCCCACCCAGCAACUGAUUCAGGACAUCAAGGAGAACUGCCUGAACUCCGAUGUGGUGGAGCAGAUUUACAAGCGGAACCCCAUCCUCCGCCACACGCACCACCCCCUGCACUCCCCGCUGCUGCCCCUGCCCUACGGAGACAUAAACCUGAACUUGCUCAAAGACAAAGGCUACACCACCCUUCAGGAUGAAGCCAUCAAGAUCUUCAAUUCCCUCCAGCAGCUGGAAGCCAUGUCUGACCCCAUCCCCAUAAUCCAGGGCAUCCUGCAGACGGGGCAUGACCUCCGCCCUCUGCGGGACGAGCUGUUCUGCCAGCUCAUCAAGCAGACCAACAAAGUGCCUCAUCCGGGCAGCGUGGGCAACCUCUGCAGCUGGCAGAUCCUGACAUGUCUGAGCUGCACCUUCUUGCCGAGCCGGGGGAUCCUGAAGUACCUUCGCUUCCAUCUGAGAAGGAUACGGGAACAGUUUCCAGGAACCGAGAUGGAAAAAUACUCCCUCUUCAUUUAUGAAUCUCUCAAGAAAACCAAAUGCAGAGAGUUUGUGCCUUCCCGAGAUGAAAUAGAAGCUCUGAUCCAUAGGCAGGAAAUGACGUCCACAGUGUAUUGCCACGGGGGAGGCUCCUGCAAGAUUACCAUCAACUCCCACACCACAGCCGGGGAGGUGGUGGAGAAGCUGAUCAGAGGCCUGGCCAUGGAGGACAGCAGAAACAUGUUUGCUUUGUUUGAGUACAACGGAAGCGUCGAUAAAGCCAUUGAAAGCCGAACCAUCGUAGCGGACGUGUUAGCAAAGUUUGAAAAGCUGGCUGCCACAUCAGAGGUGGGGGACCUGCCCUGGAAAUUCUACUUCAAACUUUACUGCUUCCUGGACACAGACAACGUGCCAAAAGACAGCGUGGAAUUUGCGUUUAUGUUUGAACAGGCCCACGAAGCGGUUAUCCGCGGCCACUACCCAGCCCCCGAAGAGAACCUGCAGGUCCUUGCUGCCUUGCGGCUCCAGUACCUGCAGGGGGACUACUCGCUGCACGCCUCCGUGCCGCCCCUCGAGGACGUCUACUCCCUGCAGAGACUGAAGGCCCGCAUUAGCCAGUCCACCAAAAGCUUCACCCCAUGUGAGCGGCUGGAGAAGAGGCGGACGAGCUUCCUGGAGGGGACGCUGAGGCGCAGCUUCCGGACAGGGUCUGUCGUCCGGCAGAAGGUCGAGGAGGAACAGAUGCUGGACAUGUGGAUCAAGGAGGAGGUCUCCUCGGCUCGGGCCAGUAUCAUUGACAAAUGGAAGAAGCUGCAGGGAAUGGGCCAGGAACAGGCCAUGGCCAAGUACAUGGCCUUGAUCAAGGAGUGGCCAGGCUACGGGUCGACGCUCUUCGAUGUAGAGGUGAGGACUGACGGCUGCUUCUCGUUAGUGCGGCUGUGGCCAAGUACAUAGGGCGGGACGACAAGAUAGAACCUUUGCUCUCUAGCCCCUUUUGUUAGAGCAACACCCCCACCCCCCAUGCUUUACCAUUAGCACACCCUCUCAUCCACCAAAAGUUUUUUCCUCUCUUGUAGUAAAUGCUUCCACUGUAUUAGGAGUGAAUGGAAAAUUAAGGGGUCACCUAUUCUUAAGUAACUUCUUUCUUACGGAAGCCACAGAUCGAUCCAAUUAACAAGUGCUGGUAAAAAUCAGCAUUUAAAAUUAAAAAAAAAUUUUUUUUAGAAUUAUGUACAUGAAAUUAGAAACUUCGGAUACAGUUGACCCUUGAACAAUGCAGUUGAAAAUCCAUGAAUAACUUUUGACUUCCUAAAGUGUAACUAUGAAUAGCCUGCUCUUGACCGAAAGCCUGACCAAUAACGUAAACACUCGACACAUAUUUUGCAUGUUACAUGUUACAUACAUACUGUAUUCUUACA